AUGAACGCAUUAUUGUCUACGACACUGACUCUAGACACUAUGGCGCCCUUCGCAACAGGAACAGAUACACCACAUCCCGUCAAUGGCAGUCCCAAGAUCGAGGCCAAUGCCUCCGACAUCACUGUUCUAUCUUCUUCACGAGCAGUUGUUGAGGACAGACUCACGGCUGCAACAAUUGUCGUUUCAACCAUAACAGGCAAGAUCACCUCAAUCUUCCAUUCCGUCCUGCCGGAAUCGUCCUUCCCGCCUGGUACACCAUACAACGAUUACAGCCCACACGUCUUAUUACCAGGUCUUGUCGAUGCACAUGUCCACCUCAACGAGCCGGGCAGGACAGAGUGGGAAGGUUUCUGGACCGGCACGAGGGCAGCGGCCUUUGGUGGAGUCACAACGGUGGUCGAUAUGCCAUUGAAUGCUAUCCCACCAACAACGACCGUUGCCGGACUGAAAGAGAAGAUCGCAGCCGCGCAAGGGAAGUGCUGGGUGGAUGUUGGAUUUUAUGGCGGGAUCAUACCGGGCAACACAGAAGAGCUGAAGCCACUGGUCAAGGAAGGUGUGAGAGGGUUCAAGGGCUUUCUGAUCGAUAGUGGGGUCGAGGAGUUCCCGGCUGUGUCCUCGAUAGAUGUUGCGAAGGCAUUCUUAGUUCUUGCCGACGAGCCUACGACCGUCAUGUUCCACGCUGAGAUGAUACCGCCUAUAUCUGCAUCGGUGGGAGACGACGUGCAGUGGUCACUACCACCACUCGAGCCAACUGGUCCAUUGGAUAGAUAUCAGACCUUUCUGGACUCUCGACCUGCCUCGUUCGAGACAUACGCCAUACUACAGAUUCUGAGUCUAGCACACCUCGCUCCGAGGCUACCGCUGCACAUUGUACACUUGUCUGCCAUCGAAGCCAUACCAAUGCUGCGGGCAGCCAGAGAACUAGGUGUGAAGAUCACUGCAGAGACGUGCUUCCACUACUUGAGCUUGGCGGCCGAGCAGAUCAAGGAGGGCGAUACACGGCAUAAGUGCUGCCCGCCCAUCCGAGACCAGGCUAACCAGGAUGGGUUGUGGGAUGAGAUGCUGGAUGUGAAGGAUAGCGUGAUCAAGACUGUAGUCUCGGAUCAUUCUCCAUGCACGCCAAAUCUCAAGCUUCUGCCAGCUCAUGUCCCAGGUGCACAAGAGUCGCCGAAAGCAAGCUGCGCGCCGAGAGCUGGGAAGGGUGACUUCUUUGGCGCAUGGGGUGGUAUCUCCUCCGUAGGCCUUGGGAUCAGUAUCCUCUGGACCGAGUCCAUGCGACGAUCCUUGGAUGUUGAUGAGACUCUGCUCAAUAUCUCCCGAUGGUGCUGUGUCAAUACCGCUAGGCAAGUAGGUCUGGAGGACAAGAAAGGAGCUUUGAAGGUAGGCAUGGAUGGUGACAUAGCGAUCUUUGACGACGAGGCUGCAUUUGAGGUUCAGAGCAGUACGAUGCUGUUCAGGAACAAGUGCUCGCCGUAUCAAGGCAAGACACUGCGAGGUGUUGUGCGAGAGACAUGGUUGCGAGGACGAAGAGUACAUUCCAGAGUUGGCGGGUUCGUCGAGAAGGGUGGACCCAGCGGUCACUUAUUGCUCGAGCCUCGGGUAAAGGCGUAG